UUCUCAUAUUAUAGUUAUCCGCACCCAAACAAACCCUCCUUCUGUCGUUCAAUUUUUUUUUUCCUCUUCUCUGCGGCUAAGGGUUUAGCUCAGUCUUCUCCUCACAAGAUGAAUGUAGAAAAGUUGCAAAAGAUGGCUGGUUCGGUUAGAACCGGUGGAAAGGGUACCAUGAGAAGAAAGAAGAAGGCCGUACACAAGACAACUACAACCGAUGACAAAAGACUACAGAGUACCUUGAAAAGAAUAGGUGUCAAUGCCAUUCCUGCUAUUGAAGAAGUCAACAUUUUCAAGGAGGAUGUUGUUAUCCAAUUCAUUAACCCCAAAGUUCAAGCAUCAAUUGCUGCAAACACAUGGGUUGUUAGUGGUACCCCCCAGACAAAGAAAUUGCAGGAUAUUCUUCCUCAAAUUAUUCACCAGCUGGGCCCUGAUAAUUUGGAGAAUUUGAAGAAGUUGGCUGAGCAGUUCCAGAAGCAGGCACCACCUGGUGCUGCAGAUGCGGCUGCAGGUGCUGUUGCCGCACAGGAAGAUGAUGAUGAUGUACCAGAACUUGUGGCUGGUGAAACUUUUGAAGCUGCCGCUGAGGGACACACUUCCUGAAGUUUUUGUUGAAUUCCCUUAUUUUCCAAUGUUCUGAUAUCAGAUUUUACCUCUUAGCUUUUGAGUGUUCUAUUUCAUGUCUAUUGUAACACAUCUCAAAAGAAUUCUUAAAUGCUUUUAAUAGUAAGCUGCUUUACCCUUCAAA